CGUGAUAACACAUACACAGCUGAAUGUCCUUUCCAAACUUGGAACACUCGGAACCGUUCACUUGAAGGUAUUCUGAAUUCCAGCAUGGGCAAAUUUCGAGCUCGCUUGGACCCUAGAUUUACCUACUCUGAUAUUCACGUCAUUGGCCAAAGCUUGCAACCGUUGGGAGCCGCAUCGGCUUCCAUACGUACUCUAGCUACAGCUUACACGACAACACCACCUCUCAUGCACCUCUGACACCUCACAAAGGACGACCGCGUCCCGCUCGCACGCUCUCCCUCGGGAUGGUCCUGCGUCCCCGCAAUGUCUUUGUCGGCGUCCAGCGCACACAACUCUUCGCAUCGUGCCGGACAACGCACCCCUCACCCGGUUCCUGGCUAUACCGUACACGUUCUUUACCACUGCUUUUAACGACACCGCGCCAUGCAUCCAUUCACACUCGGCAGCCGCAGAAGCCUCGCGUGGGGACUACUACGCCAGUUCCGAGUGACGCCUCACCGCCGAAAUCAAAGCCGCCGUUUUACUUUGAAGCCGGAUAUGCUUUAUACGCCAAACGUCCCCCGCGUCCAUUCCCCCCGCCGUUUACAUCGCUGCCCUCAACGAGCUUCUCCGAACCGCUUAGUACGCAUAACAAGAGUCGCGAUCGCAGGGCACAGGUUAACGGGGAGAUGAUUAGAGGGGUUACGAACGGCGAUGAUGCGGUCUUGGUCAGCGAAAACUUUAUCGGCGCAAAUGACGGUGUCGGAGCAUGGUCGACACGGGAGAGGGGACAUGCAGGGCUUUGGUCUCGACUCAUUCUCCAUUUCUGGUCCCUAGAAACUGACCGAGCUAUCUACUCGUCCGGUCACCCACCAGAUCCGGUGUCGUAUUUACAAACCGCCUUCGAGCACACCAAAAGCGCCACUUCGGAACCUAACCAGUGGCACGGUACGACUACGGCAUGCGCGGCUCUGCUCAGUGCAACGCCUGCUACCCCUCCGCGACCGCUACUUUACGUGACCCAGCUAGGCGAUUCGCAGAUUCUAGUUCUGCGCCCGAAGGAUGGCAAAGUCAUAUUUAAGACGACGGAACAAUGGCACUGGUUCGAUUGCCCGCUGCAACUAGGGACCAAUAGCCCAGACACGCCGUCUGCGAACGCGGUUUUGGAUCAGAUCGAGAUCGAAGAAGACGAUGUAGUGAUUGCCAUGACCGAUGGUGUAGUGGAUAAUCUGUGGGAGCAUGAAGUGGUGAAGAACGUAAUAGACAGUAUGGAGAAGUGGAGAGAGAUGACGGAUCUCAAGAACACGGAUAAGGAACCCGGUGAACAAAGCUAUGCAGAGGGCAUGUCAUAUGUAGCAAAGGAGCUCGUUGGUGCUGCUAGGGCCAUUGCGGAGGACCCUUUUGCGGAAAGCCCGUAUAUGGAGAAGGCUAUCGACGAGGGGCUGUCACUUGAAGGAGGUAAACUGGAUGAUAUCAGCGUCGUUGCCGCGCAGUGCAAACGACGGAGAGAAUCUGGGUGA